GCAGGAGGCGGGACUUCCGUCCUGCUGUUCCGUCAGCUGCCUUCCACGGGCGUCUCCCCGCAACCUUCUCAACUUCCCUUGUCGGUGACUGCGAGCCUGGAAGAAAUCCGACGGAACAGGCACGGGGGAGCGUGAGCUGCUGUUAAAAGAAGAUGGAUGCACAGAGUUCAGCCAAAGUCAAUUCAAGGAAGAGGAGGAAAGAGGCACCUGGACCUAAUGGGGCAACAGAGGAAGAUGGGAUACCUUCAAAAGUGCCGUGCUGUACAGUUGGCUUACGGCAGCCAGCUCCUUUUUCUGAUGAAAUUGAAGUCGACUUUAGUAAGCCCUAUGUCAGGGUAACUAUGGAAGAAGCCAGCAAAGGAACUCCUUGUGAGCGGCCUGUGAGAGUCUAUGCAGAUGGAAUAUUCGACUUAUUUCACUCUGGUCAUGCCCGGGCUCUGAUGCAAGCAAAGAACCUUUUCCCUAAUACAUACCUCAUUGUGGGAGUCUGCAGUGAUGAGCUAACACACAACUUUAAAGGCUUCACCGUGAUGAAUGAAAAUGAGCGCUAUGAUGCAGUGCAGCACUGUCGCUAUGUGGAUGAGGUAGUAAGGAAUGCCCCUUGGACCCUGACACCUGAGUUCCUGGCAGAACACCGGAUUGAUUUUGUAGCCCAUGAUGAUAUCCCUUAUUCUUCUGCUGGGAGUGAUGAUGUUUAUAAGCACAUUAAAGAAGCAGGCAUGUUUGCUCCAACACAGAGGACAGAAGGUAUCUCCACAUCAGACAUCAUCACCCGAAUUGUCCGAGACUAUGAUGUAUAUGCUCGACGGAACCUACAGAGGGGCUAUACAGCAAAGGAGCUCAACGUCAGCUUUAUCAAUGAGAAGAAAUACCACUUGCAGGAGCGUGUUGACAAAGUAAAGAAGAAAGUGAAAGAUGUGGAGGAAAAGUCAAAAGAAUUUGUUCAGAAGGUGGAGGAAAAAAGCAUUGACCUUAUCCAGAAAUGGGAGGAGAAGUCCCGAGAAUUCAUUGGAAGUUUCCUGGAAAUGUUUGGUCCAGAAGGAGCACUGAAACAUAUGCUGAAAGAGGGAAAAGGUCGGAUGCUACAGGCCAUCAGCCCAAAGCAGAGUCCGAGCAGCAGCCCUACUCGUGAACGGUCCCCCUCCCCCUCCUUCAGAUGGCCCUUCUCUGGCAAGACAUCCCCGUCUUCCUCCCCAGCAAAUCUCUCUAGGCACAAGGCUGCAGCCUAUGAUAUCAGUGAGGAUGAAGAAGACUAACUUUUCAUUCCUCCUUUCCUCUCCCCUCUGUCCCAUCACCUUCAGAAGCUCUCUCUUGAAUUCCACAUUGUGAUCCCAACACUAAACCUAAGGACAGCUACAAAGGAAAGACAUUUGGGGCAAGAGGAACUGGUAAUGGGGGAACCAAAAUAGCCCAUUUCCUAAGAGACAUCAAUCACCCACACCAAGGAGGAGGUUGACUACAUCUUAGAAGCCUGUUUUGCAUCCAUCUACUCUCCCCAAGGACUCUGUUUUACUGUUUAUGUUCAUGUGAUCUUGACAGGGAAAUUGUCAUUUUUAUUAAUUUUUUUAAAAAUUAGUCUCUCAAAUAUAGUAAGUAGAACUAAUUUUUUGCCCCUGAGGAGUGGGCAGAAGAAGGUAGUGGUGUAAUACCCAGAGGCCUUUUCUUCUUGAUACACUGUAGUGUCUGCCUCCUGUUCUGAAGCAAAGUGGCUUGCCAAAUCCUUCAAGCAGUGAGCCAUGCUGAUGGGCAGUUUGGGGGUUAGGAGGAAUAUUGUAAUUUUGGUUUCCUUACAAAAAAAGAGCAAAAAUUGAGCUAGUCACAAAAAUCCCCUAAAGGCACUGCUGGCACAUAUGUCAGCAUGGCUGAGGGAAGAAGGAGAUCUGAGCCUAACUUUUGUUACUCCCUGAGGAGUUUCUUGUUGGACCCAAUGGGGUCCAUGAAGACACUGAUGGGGAUGGAACCAGCCACGUUGUAUCAACUACAGUUUUUCUGCUGUUCAUCUUCUCAGAAAAUCUGUUGCCAAGUAAUUUGGGAGUUCUUGUCAGUUUCUUUCCUGCAACUUUCCUUUAAAGGCAGGAACUUUGAGGGUUACUGUGAUUAGAGAGAGGAAUGGGACAAAACUCAAUUCUGUAUAUCAGUUUAAAUUCAUUUCCUGCUGGGAGUAAAUUUCUGGCCUUGCUACUCCUUUUUCAAUUUUCAAUGCUGUUAGCUUUUUUUUUUUUUUUUUUUUUUACAAAGGAUGCUUUGUAAAUGUCUGCAGUUUGAACUUGAUUUGUAAAUCCAUGUUGUUUACUCCAUGUCAAAUACUUAGAUUUGCACAGAACAUAGAGGCAAAAGGAAACACCUUCUUUUCUAAAGCAACAGCUUAAUCUUGAUCUCUGCCCCUCUUAAGAAUGUUCUUAACUAGAACCAAUACUCCAUGGAGUGUUUCUUUUUCUCUGAGGGCUGCAACUGGCAGGGACUUCUCUUCACCACUCCUCCAGAAAGCUGCCAGCAUGGGUUUGCUUUAUAAGAGGGUGGUUGGUUCUCUUCUUUCCCACCUGGGCCUGGUGGUUAUUGCCCCAUCUUUCCUGCUUGGUUGCUCAGUGGAAAUUCAGCACUUGAAUUUCAAAUAGAGAAUGCUGAUAUAUAACACUUGCUGUAAAACAUGAUCAAUUUUUUUUUUUUUAAUCCCCUAGCAUCCUAUCUCUCUCCUCAGCUACCUGACCUAGCAGACCAUCAAUCAUCAGUAAUCCUAGCUGGAUUAAGGGGAAAAUUGUUUAUGUCCAGACCUCACCCCUGUCACUCAUAAAAUACCCCUUGUGGGGGUGGAGUUUUAGUGUUUUCAACAAAGAAAACCACAUUUUCUCUUUCUUGCUCUUCUGCUAGGACUGUGAGCAUCUCAUAGUCCCCUCUCUAAACCCUUUCUGGUCAAGACUGCUCUUCUGCCUGAGGGUCAGAGGCUAAGAUCAUUGCCUGCCUACACAGUAGGAACCUAGACAUAUAAAUUCAGAUCACCCAGACCUGUGGGACAUGGCAGAGGAGAGGGACAAAGAGAAGCCAACUCUUGUCCUGAUGGCCCAUGGAAACUACAUUUAUAACUCUUUUCAUGAAGUGCUAUUUUUUAUUAUCAAAUCUGAUUCACACAAGCCUUGACCUAGAAUCCUUUCUUUGAACAGUGAAGUUAAUGUUUUCUCACAUUUCGCAGCUUUAUAUGAUGUCAUAUUUUAACUUCUGCUUUGGUCUUCCCUCUGGGAAUUCCACCGUUUUUGCUCUGCCUUAUUCUCCCUGGUAUAGAAAGGUAGUGUGAAGGACUGUGAAGUCCCUGCUAACACCCACCUACUUGUUCUCUCAGUGCACAUGUUCCGCAAGUAUACAGGAAUAGAAGGGGAGAUAAAUGUCCAUGAUGUGAUUUUCCUUCCUGAAGUUCUCUCAGGAAUAUUGUCUGAACCCCAAAGCUUGAGUGAUCCUUGCUCUCAGUGGACUGCAUUUGGCAUAGAAUAGGGCCUCUGGGCUGACAUGUCUGUGUCACUGCUAAGCCAGCUUGUGCAUAUAUUAGAAGGCUCCUUUGCCCCUUUACUACCUUAGUCUCUAGACACUAGCAUAUUCCAAUAAUUGGACUGAAAACAAAAACUUUUAAGAUGUGGCAUGUUAGAUACUUUGGGGUAAAUGUGAUCCUAGGUGCUGGAGAAGGAUGCUGUUGGAAUGGUGUACUGUUCUGCAUUUGUUCCAGUUAAAUGAGGUUAUGCCUAUGAUCUGUAGUUCUUCAAAUAUGAAUGCUUGAGUCUGUGGAGCUAUUUCCCCAAAUUCCACACAAGAAAGCAGUGAGCCCUGAUGAACUAAAUGUGGCAAAGAUGAGACAGCCUCAAAAGAUGAUUGGCCUCAAAAGCCUGUCUACAAGAUAAAAGGAGGCUGAAGACAAGCCCUUUAGCUGAUGGUGAAGGGAUGAAGGAGGAGCCAUUUCAGCAGUUACAUUGAGGGUCUUGAACAGAAAGUUUGCUAUUUUCACGUGCUAAGCUUAGAAUAGAGGUGAAAACUAAAGGAACAUAAAUGGACAUUUGUACUGCUGCAGCUGCUUCUGAUAGCUAAAGCCAAAGACCCUUACUCUGCAGAGGCUUGAGUAAGAAGGUUGGGGAUGUAAGAAUUGAAAAUCCUGAAGAAGAAGAAGUAGUA